CUUUUCGAAUAUGGGAUUUCGAAUUAGUUUGGUUGUAGUGUUUAUAGCGUUUAUACGUUAUACACUUCAAGCUUGUACAGACGGACAAUAUGAUGAUCCAGCAAAUCCUGGUACUUGCUUAGCAUGUGUCUCUCCUUGCGCGAACUGUUCAGAUGCAUCAACUUGUACUUCUUGCUUGAGUUCAGAUAUGAUCUUUGUAACACCAAAUUGUAACUUUUGAUCCACAAAUGAAUGGACUAAUGCAGGAGCCUGCGCAGCCUGUGAUGCAGCCUGUGGAGGCCAAUGUGAAGGAAGCGCUACUGGAUGUACUAAAUGUGCUUCAGGCGAAGUUUUGGACUUGGAAGCAAUGACUUGCCAUGCUAGUGGGCAUACUUGUUCCACAACAUCUAUUACAAUAGAUGGGCAGAUUUACUGUAGAAUGGAUAAAAUUUAUGUUGAUCCAACCUCAACCUCUCCUUCAGAGUUAGGAACAAUGGCCCAUCCUUAUAAAACUAUUGACCAAGCUUUCAUUGAGAUUUUCAAUUAUUGGCCUAAAGCUGACAAUCCUGUAAAAGUAGUAGUGAAAGAAGCCACUACAAAUAAAGUUUAUUUCCAAGAGAGACCUCUUGUGAUCAACAGAAAAGACAAUGUGGAGAUUACAACAUACAAGGCUGACGGAACUGUACCAGGUGAUCAAGCUAACUUACAAGUUACUAAUACUGAGACUUAUGCAACCGACCCUACUACUCGUUUUAGUCUAAUGACUGGUAAAACCUAUGACUAUGCUGGUACUGGUUCAGAGCUAGUGGGUAAUGCGACAGAGAAGGCAGCCAUUGACACCCAAUGGUAUACCUUCAUUAUUCUUCAAUCUCACUUUAAGAUUGAUGGCUUCAAAAUAGACAAUGUUCUCAAGCUAGAGGAUGAUGAUUUUGCUAUAAUUCACCCUAUUUCUAAUCUUUUGCCAAGAACUCUAACGAUCGACAACUGCCACUUUGUAAACUAUGGUACUGCAAUGUACACCACUACAAGUAUCGGAUUCAGCUCUACUUCAGUUACAAUCGAAACUCCAAGACUUGUUGGAGGUUUUGUAUUCUUAGUUAGUUGCUCUGAUCCUACUACUGAAGUUGUCACAGGAGAAGUUGUGAUAGAUAAGCUAAAUUUCUCUGGAGCAAGGUCAGUCCUGUUCAAAUACGGAGGUAUCUACAUGACUGGAACUCAGAACUUUACUAUCACUAAUUCAUAUAUCGGAUCAUAUGGAUUCAUGUUUGAUGCUAAGCAGCUUACUAGAGCUGACUCUCCUCUAAACUGUCAACCGGAUGAUGGAGUAAAGCAAAUUAUUAGACUUGAAAGCAAUACUUACGACAUGCUUACCGAGUACACUGGUACUCCUCAUCAUGGAUUCAUCUGCUCAUUCCUUGAAUGGUAUCCUCGUAAAGAUAUGGAAGUCUUUUUCAUCAAUAACACAAUGAAGAAUAUUGCUAAAUCAUUUUACAGAGUCCUUCUUCUUGAUGUAAACUCUGCUGCAGUCACAGUUGAAAAUAACCUAUUCAAGGAUACUACAGGGUCUGUUGAUAUUUCCCAAAUUGAUACAACUAAGGACGUAAUUAUCAGAAACAACACCUUCCAGAACAUUUCUUCAACCUCUCAGAACAUUAUUGUUAUUGCUUCUUCCUCAAAUGUCUUGAUUGAAGACUUCACUAUGAACGGAGCUAACCCUGAGCAGGUCUCUAGUUCCAUUAUCAACCUGAAUAUGGCGGAUAAUGCUAUCGCUAUUCUAAGAGACAUCAAAUUCACCAACAAUAUCUUCUUAGGAACUAAAGCUAUUGUAUCACAGCAAUUAUUGAGCAUUUUUGAUUUGACAAACAGUUCCUUCGCUGGCGACCAGAUCAUGCAGAAUACGAAUUACAUUGAUAUACAACUGGCUACCAAGAUUAGUAUCACAGACACCAACUUCACUGGUAUAACAUACCAGAAUGUUGACGAUUCUGGAGCCUACCUGAUAUAUGUUGCCUCAGAGCAAAGUAACUCAGCUGCUGAAGACUCUUUCAUUGAAAGAAUAAAGUUCACCAACAUCAAGACCAAUGCAAUCAGCUUUGGAGGAUUCACAGAUGCUGUUGCUGGUGGAGCAGGACACCUCUACAUUAAAGAUGUUGAUUUUGAAAACUCUAUUUUUAGUAGUCCAGAUUCAUUGAUUUCCACCAAAAAGUUCUCCUACGAAGGAGCAAGUAAAAUGAUUAUUACAGAGACCAGGUUUACAGACUUGGAGUUCACUACCUUCGGAAAUCUCAUUCACUUGACACAUAAUGCUAUACAACCAUUUGAGAUUACUCAAGUUACUUUCAAUCGUGUUUAUGGUGCUGGUAUUCUUCUUGAGCCUCAAGAUAUUUUCAAUACGAGUAUGCCAUUGACCUUAGAUAUUGUUAAUUGUACGUUCACUGACAACACCCCAUGGGUUGCUGGAUUCGUGAAUGUGUUUGAGAACUCUGUUGUUCAUAUCAACAUUUCUACAUUCACUAACACCGCUUCAGGAGGAUCUGGAUCAGUUGUUCUUGCUAAUUACAAAGAGAAUUCUGUUACUAUUAGAGAUAGUAAUUUCACCAACAACUAUGCUAUUUUGGGAGGAGUAUUUUACUCUCAGUUCAGUUCUGUUAUCACUUGUAUCAACUGUAGAUUCAACAACAACAUUGCUAUCAGAGGAGGAGUUGCUUUCUUGAACAGUAACGGAAGAAUUGAUCUCCAACAGAGUGAUCUAACUCUAAAUCAGGCUCUAAAUGCUCCAUCUUUAUAUAUCUCUGCUUGUCAAGCAGAGUUUUCUGUUGUUUCAAGCUCAGAUAUUUACCUAAACAAUGUUAUUACUAUGGAACAGCUACUUGCACGUUCUGCAGCUAGAACUGAUCAUAUCAUCGAUGCUUACAUCCAAGAGGUGCAAGACAAUAGGAUCUUUUAUGAGAAAUCUGUUAGUGGUAGCAAAAAGUCAGCUAUUUCGAUGAUCAAAGGAAAACUCAGAGUAAAUGAAAAUACUAGAAUUUUCAAUCAGAUUGAUUUCUUGGGUACUUUCGAAUCAGAGAUUGAGAUUAUUGAUACUCUUUUUGAGAAUGUUACACUUAGUAGUGGCCACAUCAUCUUCCAUCUUUUAUCAUCAACAUUUACAUAUACUAACUCAACAAUGAACAGUAUCGAUUGCCCAGAACAAGAUGAAGCAAUGUUCCAAGUCAGAUUAGAGUCUACUUUUAAGACUCAAGGGAAGAGAGCUCUCAUUAACAAUACCAAUUGUCAAUUUGCUUUCUUGCUGUACUCUACUGCUCAGAUUUAUGAUAUUACCUUUGAUACAGCUAAUCUACUGGAAGCUCACAUUGACUCAAUUGAAAGUGAUCUUGAGUUUAAAGAGACAAUACUGAGGAAUGUAAAUACAUCAGCUACAGCUUUAAUGGCUAUUGAAAACUCAGGUUCUUUAGUAACAACGUCAGCUCACUUCUUGAGCUCUAAUAAGUUCUAUUUCUCUGUGACUGGGUCAACCUUGACUUUCUUCAACACUACAUUUCAGAACGAUUUAGGACAAAACAUCAGAGCUGCCAUUUUUGAAGAAUGUAAUGUUAAUAUUAACAACAGUACCUUCCAGCACUUGAGCUACAACGAUCUUGGAGGAGCGAUUGAUACUCUCAACAGUCAAGUAAACCUUCUUGGAGGUCUCUUCUACAAUAAUUCUGCACCAAAGGGAGGAGCUGUCGCCUUUAGAUGUGAAGAAGGAAAUACUUGAGUAUAUAAUGUUACUGAAGUUACCUUUAGAAUGAAUACUGCUGCUACUGAUGGAGGAGCUAUGUACUAUGAUUUCUAUAAGCCAAUCACAAACAACAACAUUUAUGAGAAUAAUGUUGCUAAUUAUGGGCCUCAUCUGGCAGGUUUCCCUGUGAAGAUUGAAGUCGACACUCUUCCUGCCCAGACCUAUGUCUCUGGCCAGCAGAUUGAAAAAGAAAUUAAGUACAAACUAGUAGAUCAUGACGGACUCACAAUUGCUACCGAUUCGGAUUCAGUCAUUACAAUUUCCCCUGUGGUUGCUACUGAUAAAGUCAUUGGUAACACUGAUGUGACUGUUGAAAAUGGAGUUGCCACUUUUAAAGAUGUUACUUUUAUCUCCAAACCAGCUGCCUCAAAUAUCUCAUACACUGUAUCUUCCUCCAAUAUUGAUGAGGAUAAGAUUGGUAAAUCCUUUGGGAUGACCUUAAAUCAAACCAUUCAGACUUUAACUAUAAGUUUCAGAGAUUGUAUUGUUGGAGAGCAACAAUCUACCGAUCAAUGUACUCAGUGCCCAACUGGUAAAUACUCUCUAAUUGUUGGAAAUGAUGAGUGUAAGAUCUGCCCCAAGCACGCCACCUGUCUAGGAAGAAAUGAAAUUGAGGUUGACAAGGGUUACUGGAGAUCAUCCUUCGCCUCUGAUGUUAUUCACGAAUGCUUAAAUGAAAAUGCUUGUCUCCAAUAUGAUUUCUCUGAAGGACUUGAUACUCCAUACAAGUGCAGGAAAGGAUAUGCUUCUAACCUCUGCCAACAAUGUAUCAAAGAAGGAGAUGAUCAAUACCAAAGAACUGGAGAUAAUGGAUGCGGUAUCUGCCCAGACCCAGUUCUAAAUGCUUUCAGAUUGUUUGGUCUACUUCUCCUGUUGGUUAUUUUCGUUAUUGUUAUCAUUUGGUCAAAUAUUAGAACUCAGAAGGAUUCAGAGAGUGCUAUUCUGAUCAGAAUUUUAGCAAAUUACUUCCAGAUUAUUACAUCAGCUGCUUCAUUCAACUUGACUUUCCCAGAUAGUUUGGAUGGAUUCUUCCAAGGAGUCAAAGCUGUAGGAGAAAGUGCCAGAAUCUUCCUUUCUAUUGAUUGUUUUGUUCAAAAUGUCCCAAUGGUUAAAGACAACAAUACCACUGAAUACUUCAAAGCUUUCAUGACUGGGAUAAGUCCUUUUAUCUUUGUUGCUGUCGUAUUUGCUUGCUGGGGAAUUAUAAGAAUAUUCAAGAGUUAUUCAUGGAUGCAACUAAAGAACAGAAUCAUCAUCUCUACCUGUGUUGUACUCUUCCUUCUCCAUCCUUCAAUCACAGGAAUGUCUCUUGGACUCUUCAAUUGUUUUGAGAUUGAUGAUGGAGAAUUCUGGCUUUUCAAAGAUCUGAGCAUCAAAUGCUGGAGUGGAAGCCAUCCUGCCUAUGCAUUUGGAUUGGGAACUCUUAUGAUCCUCGUAUGGGUUAUCGGGCUUCCAACCUUUGGAUUCUUUGUCAUUAGGCACUACAGAAAUAGGUUAGAGGAAGAGUUUGUAAUCUUCAGAUACAGAAUCCUCUUCCAGGGAUACAAGAGAGAAGCAUACUAUUGGGAGUUUAUAAAUAUUUUCAGAAAAGUGUCAAUUGUAAUGAUCAAUACAUUCUUAGGAAUUUAUCCUCCAAUCUACAAGACAUUUGUAGCUACUCUAACUCUUGCUAUCAUUCUGAGACAACAAGAGCAGAUUCAGCCUUAUAAGAUCAAGAUCAUGAACGAGGUAGAAUUCAGAGAAUCGACUGCAUCUAUUGUUACUUUGUUCGGAGGUAUGUUCUUUAUCCUCGAAGAUCUUCCAGGAGUCAUCAGGGUUCUACUAGUUUUUGUAAUCUUCAUCACCAACUUUUGGUUCUAUUCUCUAUGGAUUCACAUGUUCUUCAAGAGGUCAAAGUUCUCAACCUUAAGACUCAUCGCGUACUUCUUCGGAAAGCUUUCUUGUCUCGGAAAGGAAUACUGGACUGAAGAGCACAAAACAAUGCAGAGUAAUCAUGACAUGGACUUCGUAUUUGGAAAAUACGACGCUAAGGAUACAAAAUACAACAAAGUCGAAGAAGAAAGUAAAGACCAGAGCUUCCAAGGCUACGCACAGGGUGAUAACAUUAUUAACGACCUCUCGGCAGGAGAUACUGGAAGUUUGAAAGAAAAAGACAAAGCCAAUGUCAAAGAUGUUGAUGACAAAGCUGGUAAAGAAGUCACAAAGAAGAAAGGCAAAAAGAAAAAGAAGAAGAUUAUUAGGAAGAAAAAGAAGAAGGGAGCUAAGAAGGAAGCUGGUGAAGAAGCAGGAGAUGCAGAUGAAGGAGAAGAAGAACUUAAUGAACAAGAUGAGUUAGAACAAGAUAUUAACCAUGAGCUCGAUCAUGCUGAAAAUGAACAAGAAAUUGAUGAUGGUGAUAUUGAAGGAGACGAACCUGAAGAAGAAGCCCCAAAGCCAAAGAAGAAAAAGAAGGUUAAAAGAAAGAAGAAGACCGCAAGAAAGAACGAAGAAAAGGUAGAUAUCUACCCAGAACAAGAUCCCGAUGAUAAGGGAUCAAAAUCUCCUAAAGGAGAUGAAGACGAUUUCUCAGCUGAUGAAGAAGCUGGUGAAAUAUAGUCAUUCACUUACUUACAUUCAUGAUAAACCACCUUUUGGUUUCA